GUCUGUGCCCCAGGCGAGCUUCAUUCCCCAUCAUGGAGAGUCAGAGAAUCCAGUCCUCGUACAGGAAGCGUUAUGGGCCUCAGGGCUUGAGCUCCACAGCCGCCAGAAUCGGGAGCCUUCCCUCCAAUCGCUUCUCAUGGCACGGCUCCCCUCGAAACGUCACCCACUCCAGCCCCAUAUCCAGGAUCUCCCUGGGCUCCACCAACACGGGCUUUUUCCCGGGGAGCCCCGCCGACCGGCUGGACUUCUCCGCUGAGUCCCUGAUGAAGGCCCAAUUCAAGGAGACUCGCACCAACGAGAAGUUGGAGAUGAUGGGCCUGAACGACCGGUUUGCCAGCUUCCUCGAGAAGGUGCGCAUGCUGGAGCAGCAGAACAAGGUUCUGGUGGUGGAGCUGAACCAGGUGAAGGGGAAGGAGCCCAGCCACCUGGGAGACAUCUACCAGGAGGAGCUGAGAGAGCUGCGGCGGCAGGUGGACGGUCUCACUAACGGCAAAGCUCGGCUGGAGAUAGAGAGGGACAACCUGGCCGCAGAUGUGGGAACACUGAAGCAGAGGCUGCAGGACGAGAUGGGCCUCAGACAGGAUGCAGAGAACAACUUGAACGCCUUCAGACAGGAUGUGGACGAGGCUUCUUUAAAUCGUGUCCAGUUAGAGAGGAAGAUCGAUGCCCUGCAGGACGAGAUCAACUUCCUGAAGAAGAUCCAUGAGGAGGAGAUUCGUGACAUACAGGAGCAGAUCAUGUCCCAGCAGGUGCACGUUGACCUGGAUGUGUCCAAACCCGACCUGACUGCUGCCCUGAGAGACAUCAGGGUCCAGUAUGAAACCAUGGCCUCCUCAAACAUGCAGGAGACGGAGGAGUGGUACCGAUCCAAGUUUGCUGACAUGACAGACGCUGCCAAUAGAAACACAGAAGCCCUGCGCCAAGCCAAGCAAGAGGCCAACGAAUACCGGCGCCAGGUCCAAGUGGUGACCUGUGACAUGGAGGCUCUCCGUGGAGCAAACGAGUCUCUGGAGCGCCAGCUCCGGGAGAUGGAGGACCGCUUCGCCAUGGAGACCGCCGGUUAUCAGGAUACAGUGAACCGUAUGGAGGAGGAGAUCCAUGCCCUGAAGGAUGAGAUGGCGAGGCACCUGCAGGAGUACCAGGACCUCCUCAACGUCAAGCUGGCCCUGGACAUCGAGAUCGCCACCUACAGGAAGCUGCUGGAGGGAGAGGAGAGCAGGAUCACUAUUCCAGUUCAGAGCUUUUCCAACCUGCAGUUUAGAGAAACUAAUCUGGACACCAAACCCCCAGAGGCCCAUGUGAAGAGGAGCAUCCUGGUUCGAACUGUGGAGACCAGAGACGGGGAGAUCAUUAAGGAUUCGACCACUGAACACAAAGAUCUUCCUUAAACCAGCUCUCCCAUCUCAUCCUCCGUAACAAUAUGAGGAUUUUCAAUUCGUAUUAUCACUUUUUGUUGUUGUUUCCAAACCCCAAAGCUGACCUGUCAGAGUCAUCACAUCAUUUUAUAUGUCUCUCCUUUAUUGUCAUCCUUAGACUAAACUAUUUACUGCCUUACACUCAUGUUGUAACCACGAAAUACGACGAAACGUCAUCACUAAUUUCUGCCCUGAAAAAUCCAUGUUUAGCUUUUCGUACAGCUCCACUUGUUAGCCUGAGUUAAUCCUAAAUGGUCUGUAGCUUGUUCCAGUGAAGAAAAAGGACUGGAAUUUACUGGUAAUAUGUUUAAUUUUAACUUGGACUGACAUACCUAAUUUAUAGCAUUGUUUCUGAUUAGCUGGUGUAGAGGAGGCCUCGAAAUGUAGCGGUCAGCUAAUACGUAGCGUGGUGGAGGUCGACAUGUGGUUAUUGUGUAUGUGAAUUAUGGUGAGGAAGAUGCAAGAGGGAGUUUGGGCUUCUCGCAGAUGUCAGAGUGGGAUUCGGGCAGGGAAUGAGAGAUUUGUGUAUGUUAGAGCAACGUUUGGCAGAAAGUGAAUCUUAAACAGAUUUUUUUUUUUUUACUUUUGACUUGGUGCUAUUUUACGUCUCAUUUGUUUGCUGCAGCAGCCACACGUUGCUUUAAGGUCCUGCACACAUGAACAAGUCUUACAUGCUUCUGACUAAACCUGCUCUAGGGUUUGAAUAUGGCCGAGCUGCGCUGGUUUGUUUCCAUGAUCUUCUGCUGCUGCUGUGAAUGUGUAGAACUUUAUCUAACCGAGAGGAAAACAAAGACAGGAUCUGUCUGUUCUGGUCUGUAGACACUGUGUCCAGGCAUUAAACUUACAGAUACGUACACUCACUGUAUUUAACCUUAUUCUGACACAGAGGAAGUACACUGCACAAAGCACACGAGAGCAGGACAAGAAAUCACUGCAGAGUCUUAAAUGUAACUGAACUAUACUGUAUUUUAACACAGAGAUGCAUCUACUCAUGCGUGUUUUAGCAUCUCAACUGCAAAUGAAGUGGUUUAUUUCUCGUCAGCUUUGCGGCAGUCAUCUGUGAGAAAAGUUUUACCUGAAUAAAUAAACAAUAACAAUUUCUAGUC